CCUUUACAGCAUUUUGCUUCCUUAAAGCAUCCAUUCUACGAAUGGAAUGCGUUCAUAACCUGACCAUCUGUACAACACAUGUCGAGAGAAAUCAACAAAAGCGUUGGACCGUGUACGUCAAAAUUGACUUAAUCUGCACUUGUUAUUUAUUAGAACAUGGUGGACUAGAACUGGAGAACACAGAUGGGCUGCUGUCCCGGUACAAAAGAUUCAAACGCACGGAACAAAAUGGGAAGAGCUGGCUUGAGUGCUUCAGAAUUGAUCUCCAACAAACGAAGAAGAGGAUGGCUGAUUUACUCCGGCUGCUGAUGGUCGUUACGCUUUGCUAUCAUUCUUUUUGUGCGUCAGACCAAUGCAGCGAGGAACUGACUCGUCUUCGGGAACAGCAGAAGCUUCUGCAAAGUCAGCUUCAGCAGCAAGAUCUCCUCCUACGUAGACUACGACUGCUCAAUCAAGCCGCCAACAUGCCAAACACGGCAGUGGACCAGAACCCCCAAACACAAACGCAGCACCAAGACUGUUCUCAGUUGUUCAAUUCCGGCUUCAAGGCCAGCGGAUACUACAGCAUCCAACCUCAAGGCACCUCUGCUCCAGUCAGGGUCUACUGCGACAUGAGCGAAGGAGGCGGUUGGACGCUGAUGCAAAGACGCAUUAACGGAGCAGAGAAUUUUAGCAGAUCAUGGGUGGAGUACAAGAAUGGUUUUGGAAACAUGGUGGCAGACCUUGGAGAGUUUUGGCUUGGCAAUGACAACCUGCAUUACAUCACCGCACAAGGCAAUUACACAUUGGCGAUUCAUCUGGAAGACUUCGAUGGCAGCCAACGUCAUGCCGAGUAUCGGAACUUUAAAGUAGCGGAUGAAAAGGAUUUGUACCGACUCACCUUUGGAGCUUACACUGGCACAGCAGGAGAUGCUCUGUCUGGGAAUUACCAGGCGGGGGUGUCAGAGUGGGCCAGUCAUCAGGGCAUUCCAUUCAGCACUUAUGACAAGGACAAUGACAACUACCAAGGAAGCUGUGCACAGGAAGAUAAAGGAGGCUGGUGGUUCAACAAGUGCCACGCAGCCCAUCUGAAUGGCCGCUACUACCCCAGCGGGUACUACAGCGGGCUGACUGAUGACGGUGUGGUCUGGUACACGUGGAGAGGAUGGUGGUACUCGCUGAAAACCAGCAUCAUGAAACUACGACCCGACAGCUUCAAAGUCAACCCUUCGGAUGACCCCAAUAUGGUUCGUAAGGCUUAGAUAUUAAAGCUCAAACACCUACGCUAUCGAACAAGAAGUCAUAUACAUAUCGCUACAGUAUACAAUCUGAAUACUAUAAAAAUACUGUUAUAACUAUAGAAACCAUACACAAAACAGCAAAACUGCCCCAGACCAUCAUACUACCACCACCAUAUUUUACUCUUGGUAUUAUGUUGUUUUUCUGAAAUUCAGCAUUACUUUUUUACUUUUACAUCUUCCAAAAAGUACAACUUUUGUCUCAUUACACCACAAAGUAUUUUUCCCAAAGUACUCGGGCAUCAUUAAUAAGUUUUUUCCAGCCUUAAUGUAGACUGUUUUUGCUCAGUGUCUUUCUAAUAGUGGAGUCUUUGGAUGUUGUUGUGGGGUCUUUUGUGACCUCUUGGAUGAAUCGUCACUGACAGUUAUGUUUUAAAAUUUAUUAUGUUAUGAUUUGCCACCAAAAAAAGUUUUAAAAAAUACAACAACAAAAAGAAAGUAGUCACUAAAUAAAAUAUUUUUGUCUUACUGCUAUGAUAGAUAAAAUAAACUUUUAUAAAUAAACUUUUUUUGCUCCGCCUCCUCCAGGCUCAGAAGAAGUGACAAAAAUUUUAAAAAAUAUUAUUUAAAUUUUCAAUAAUUGAAAUAAUAAUUUGAAAUUAUUUGAAAUAAUAACUUGAAAUUAAUUUUAAAUUAUUUCAAUAUUGUUUCAAGCAUAUAUCAAACAGGAAAUGUGCUUUUCAAUGUUAGUUUUCAUUGCUGAAAUAAGAUUAAUAAAUUAUCUUAAUAAAUGAAUUUAAAAAAUAAGAUUAAUAAAUUAUCUUAAUAAAUAAAUUAAAAUAAUAAGAUUAAUAAGAUUAACAUGUGUUUUGGAAUUUUUUUUUGGAAUUCAUUUUCCUUUUUGCAUUUUAAAGCUCUACUUAGAACCGUUUUAAGAUCCAACAGUAAUAAUGUCCAGUAUUGGAAUCGAACAGCCUCAUAAGUCCUUUGUCACACACUUUGUCAGCCUCUCUCUGGUUCGCUUUCAUAGUCCUUUCACCUUGUGUCUCGAGCCAAAUUAACCCUUGAGCUUGUACUCUCCUCCUCAUCACACAGUAGUUUUUUGAACCCUGUUGGUGCAUUUUUUUUUUUUUUACACUGCGCCACCCUGAGUUAAAGUCGCGGGUUCAAUCACCUUCAAUCCGGACGUUGCAUCACAUGCAUUUCUUUGUGUGUAUGUGCAUGAGACGUAAAAUGACAACUAUUGACAAAUAAAUGUUAUUUUUUUGUAUUCUGAAGAAAACUGUUGAUUGUGUUGUGUUUAGGAAAAAUGGGAUUUAAGUUAGAAUUGAAUUUAAUUGAAUUGAAUGUUAUCAUGAAAUGAUAUCAUGAAAUCAUGUUGGAGAGUGAAGACGCUUUCCAAAGGGGAAAAGUAUAUGAUAGUUAAUGAAAAGUUCCCAUGCAGAUCACAUAAGCUAAACAAACCAGUUUUCCAUAGUAGGA